AUGCAUUGGGCAUCACAUGUUCCACGUCCCAAGCCAGGCCCUGAUUGCCAGGACUUUCGAAAGCUGAAUCGGGCAGCUGCUAAGUCUGGAGUCAGGCAUGCCCGCGACCUGGCGGAUUUCAGGAAGUCGACCGACAUCAAGUUGGUACCCCCAGGUCCUCUUGGUGUUCUGCCCAAAGUCAUCCCCUCUGAUGUGAUCCCUUCGUUUGCGUACGGCACCAAGUCGCGACCGUCCACGCCCAUAACCCAUGUGAUCGGCAACCAGUAUGCGACAGAGUCAGAGGAGGCUUUGGCAGUUCACUACAGAGUCCUGGAGGAGAACCAGCAGAAGCAGGAGCGACGGCUCAUCAAGCUGACCAAGGCCUCCAAAGAGCGUAUUCAUGAAGCUCGUCAGAAGAUGAAGGAAUGGCGAAACCCACAGGAGCCGCACGAGCCCUUCAAGCUCACAAAGUUCAAGAAAGUUACCUCCAAAUUGAAGAUUCCUGGCCUGCGUGAGUGCGCUUCGGCUCCAGUUCUACAGAGACUGCCUCCUGAGCAGCCGGAGGCGCACGCGCACACGGUGCCGAUGCCCGAGGAAGUGAUGGAAGAGUGA